AAGCUGUAAAACGUAAUAGCGUGAUUAAUACGAUAUUGUUCGCCCAGCGGACCAAUAACCAUAAAAGGCGCGCGUGACACCAACACGCGCGCUUGCACAUAUCGUUGUUCCAGGACGAUACUCGACACGAAGUACGGCCUGAAGAGGUGGCAGAUCGGCGAGAUCGCGAGCAAGAUCGGUCAACUCUACUACCACUAUUACCUUCGCACCAGCGAGACCAGCUACCUUCACGAGGCCUACUCAUUCUACGCGGCGAUCCGAGGCCGCGCGUACUACAGCCGCGCUGCCAAGGAGGACAGAAGCGACCUGAUGGUGAAGAAGCUCAGGUACUACGCCCGUUUCAUCGUCGUCUGCCUGCUGUUGAACCGCAUGAAGCUCGUCCGUGAACUGGUCCAAGAGCUCGACGCCCAGAUCGCCGAUUACACCAGCACCUACGAGCCAGAGGAUCAACUCGAGUGGAACUUAGUUCUCGACGAGAUCAAGGCGUUCGUGAAGGCCGAGUCGACCGUCGGAAUGGUGCACUCGGACACGAAUCCUGUUAUACUUACCCACAGGCUGGGUCCACAGACCUCGCCCCCGAUCGAACGUACGCCACCCAUGUGCCUAUCCCUGCAGGAGAUCCUGAUCGUUGGCAAUUGCGCCGACCAGGUGAAGUUUAGUGAGUUGUCGAUGGACAUGUUCAGGAUGCUUCAAACCCUGGAGAGGGAGCCGAGGGACGAUCCUAAUCACCUUCACGACGCGUCGCCGGCCGGCAGGAUGCCGUUCAGGCCCGGGGCGUAUCCGGGCGCGGAGAACGGGGCCCCGAGGCGGGACAAUCCGCACAAGUACCUGUUGUACAAGCCGACCUACAGCCAGGUACAGGUAUUCCUCGCGAGCGGCUUCAAGGAGCUGCCCGCUAACGGGGCGCUGUUGCUCUACUUGUCGGCGGACGGCUGCUUCUCCACCGUCAAGCAUCCGGAAGAAAUGGGGUACGACCUGGGUGGCGUUUCCACGUGCAGCAAGAGGGACCCGGAGCACGGGAAGAGGCCGACAGGUGGGAAGGAACCGCACUGCCUAUAUCCGGGUGACCUCUACCCGUUCACGAGGAAACCUCUGUUCGUGGUCGUCGACUCGGACAACAGCUUCGUAUUCCAGCAGAUACCCCGUUACUUCGGCCAACCGUUGAUGGUGCUGAUGUCGCCUCAGGACACGCCGCCCACGUUACGCGACAUUCGACACAGUGGCAGCCUGUUCACUCUAUUUCUCCACGCCCCCCUAGCCGCGUUUUGCCUUAUAUGCAACAUCGGCAAUCUGGCCGUGCAUCACUGGGAGCGGUGCCAGCGUUACAUCGAGCGAUUCCUCAUCGAGGCCUGUCAGCUCGUCACGCACUCCAGAUGCGAGACCAGCGUGUUGCAAUUCUUCGGCGACGAUUUCCUACGACUGUUGCUGGUGCGCUACGUGUUCUGCGACGUGGUGUUGAAUCUGCACCGGUCGUUCAGGGGUCGGCAGCAGAGGCCCCGUUGCCAUCCGCCGUUGCCCGACGCGGAGGUCCUCGAGCAUCCCACCCUUCAUCACCUGGUGCUCGACCUGGCCGCCUGCCUCGACUGCCGCGACCACUUUCCGGACAGCAACGAGCUCGCCUGACCCAGGCAUCUCCCCUGCCCGGCACCCCACGAGUCCACGUCCCUGUUGCCGGCGUACACCCACGACUACGAUUACGAUUACUGUAACUAUAAUUGCAACAAUAAAAUCGUUACACUGAGACCUCAUUAAACUGCGUCUAAACGAAGGAGAAAACAAGGAUGUUUAAAUAUAUAACGAUGAUAAAGGAUAAGGAUAAAGAGGUAAAAAAAAAAAAAGAGGGAAAAGAAAGGGAAACGAGGAAGGAAUAUAGAGUAUAAAGUAGGAACGCUAAAUGGAAGAAAUCACGUGUAUCGUCGCUCGAUAAUAUCGCGAUGUAUUCGUUGUGGAUAUCGUCGACGCCGUCUCAGGGUAACCCGGCGUCGUGAUUUUUCAUCGUCGUAAAGUCGUCCACUGUCGUUCGAUGAUUCGUCGAUGAUACGUCCGCGAGUUCACGCCGCGUCGGUCUUCCGAUUCGCUCGUUGUCGUUGGUCCGGGUGAAGGUGAAAGAAAGACAAUACGACGCCGGGUUGUAACGACGCGUUUAUCUCUUUCCGUGGAGAGAGAACGCGUG